AUGAGCGAUCGCCAUGGCCAUAAUGCUCCUGGUAAUAUGCCGGGAGGUCUUCCUGCAGGUUGGUUUACAAAUCCAGUUCCUUCCAGAGAGUCGUUAAAUCAGCAAGGCAGAGAUGCGGUAUCGCGAGAGCACCGUCAGCGAGUUUCCAGGAUCGCACAGAAUGAAACAGCGCUUCGUGAUAUGUUCAGGUUCAACGUUCACAGGUCAAGUCAUCAUUCCAAUGGCCAGUCAGGGAACCAUGCGGCGGAUGAGAGGCGACAGGGAGGGCAACAAAAUAUUGGCGGCGGCGGUAGUCUUAUCGCUGAUGCUCAGACCAACAUGUUGAAUGGUGUUCCAGGAUCCGCUAAUUUGCAACCGGAAGACUUGAGAAAGUUGAACUUGUUUCAAAUAGCUUUGCAACAGAAAGUUCAGGCGUUUCUCGACGUGAUUGAAAAUAGGAGGAAUACUAUACUAAAUGAGAUAAGUACGAGGAACACUAAUCUCGAAAGGAUACAGGAGCCAAGCUCUUCACAAGCCGCUAACUAUUCGAAUAAAUUGCAGAGAGUUAGACUGCGGGCUAUUGAAACCGAGACGAUGGAGCUACAGAGUUUGAGAGCAAAAUUUUUAACAGUGGUGGAAGAGUACAGAAGAGCCAUGAAUGCCUAUUGCAAGGCCAAAUCGGAAGGCAAAGAAGCGCCCAAUCCUACAGACUACUUCCAACAAUGGAUUGAAUCGCUCGAUCCCACUGAAUCAUCAAUGCCUAUACGUCUGCAGGAGCUGUCGUGGGGCUCUAAGACAUUGAUAAAUACCAUUGCAGCACCUGCUGAUAAAGCCAGGGAGCGGCCCUCGUCUUACAAAGUUUUCCCAUUACAUUACCUUCCCUCGGAAAUUUUGCAUUUAGUACUCGAGAAACUCAGUCACAAAUUCGACAUUGUUGAUUUGCUUACCGUAUGCAAGUUGUGGGCUCAAUUCAUUGUGAAAAUACUAUAUUACCGUCCUCAUAUCAACAAAAAAUCUCAAUUGGAACUUUUCAUGAGGACCAUGAUCAUGCAUCCUGACGAAACCGUAUUCAACUAUCGUUCUAUGAUCAAGAGACUCAAUUUUUCCUUUGUUGGCGAUUAUAUGCAUGACGAGGAGCUCUACAGUUUUGUUGGUUGCCAGAACCUUGAGCGCUUGACUCUGGUCUUUUGCAAGAAUAUCACCAGUAAUUCUAUCUCUGCUGUUUUAAAAGGAUGCAAGUACUUACAAAGUGUCGAUAUCACCGGGAUAAGAGAGAUAUCGGACGAUAUAUUUGAUACUUUAGCUGAAAGUUGUCCCAGAGUUCAAGGAUUUUACGUUCCGCAGGCGAAAAAUGUAACAUCAAGAGCAUUGCAUAAUUUCAUUACACAUGCACCCAUGUUGAAGAGAGUAAAGAUAACAGCUAACAAUAAUAUGGAUGAUAAUCUGAUAAAUUUAUUUGCAGAGAAAUGUCCCAUGCUGGUAGAGGUGGAUGUCACUUUAAGUCCGAAUAUUCAUGAUCAUAGUCUUUUGAAGUUGUUUAGCAAAUUGACACAGUUAAGGGAGUUCCGAAUUACCCACAACACUAAUGUAUCAGACAAGCUAUUCUUGGAGCUGCCGAAGAAGGUAAAACAAUUACCUGCUUUAAGGUUAUUGGAUCUGUCGGGUUGUGAGAACAUCACUGAUAAGACGAUUGAAAAAGUCGUUGAACUUGCCCCAAAAUUGAGGAAUGUUUUUUUGGGUAAAUGUAGCAGGAUUACGGAUUACUCAUUGCAUCACUUGGCUAAACUAGGCAAGAACCUUCAGACGGUCCAUUUUGGACAUUGCUUCAAUAUAAGCGAUCAGGGAGUAAGAGUGUUAGUUCAAUCUUGUCCCAGGAUACAGUACGUCGAUUUUGCAUGUUGCACUAACCUCACAAACCGUACGCUUUACGAAUUAUCUGAUCUAUCUAAGCUGAAAAGAAUUGGGUUAGUCAAAUGCUCUCAAAUGACUGAUGAGGGAUUACUAAAUAUGAUAUCAUUGAGAGGCAGAAAUGAUAGCUUGGAAAGAGUUCAUCUGUCAUAUUGCUCGAAUUUAACUAUCUACCCAAUUUACGAGCUGCUGAUGGCGUGUCCCAGGUUAUCACAUUUGUCACUCACUGCGGUACCGUCGUUCUUGAGGCCUGAUAUAACGGCAUUUUGCAGACCAGCUCCGAAUGAUUUCAGUGAUAACCAGCGUCAGAUAUUCUGCGUCUUUUCUGGAAAAGGUGUUCACAAACUUCGGCAUUAUCUCAUGAGUCUGACAACGCCUACCAGCGGCCCACAAACAGACCUCCGCGACGUUCUAACGAAAUAUAUCAUGUCUAAGAAUAUGCUUCAGCAAGGGGAGGAUUUGGAGGACGGGAUCAACCGAAUCACACGAGAUUUAAAUCAGGACUCCGCUGCCAUUUUAGCAGCCACCGGCUUAAGCCAAAUGAAUGGCGCCAAUAAUGACUUCCUAUUCCAAAAUAUCGAUUUUGAUAGAUUGGAAGAUGUGUUCAACUGGUAUGAAACCCCUCCGGUGAACGCUGAACUGUCUUCGGACGAAAUCACUUUGUUGCUAUCGCAAGUCGACCGAAAAUUUUGCGAGGAUCCGUUUGAUGAGGAGUAUGAUGAUCUGGAUACUGUUGUUGCGCCAGGAGCUAAUCCCGAUCUCAACAAUGAGCUUUGUUAUAUUGUUAGAAAAUUGCAUGAAUUAGAUGAUCGUGUCAACGACUUCGAAGUAAACGUUGCAAGUUUGGCUAGGGUACAAUUUCAAUUUACGGGAUUUUUACUUCAUGAGAUGGCUCAAAUUUACAUGCAGAUGGUAGAGCUAAACCGGCAGAUUUCACAAAUUCAAGCACGCACAAAUGAAUCCAAUAUACAGCCUGAUAUCAGAGGGCUGUCCAUCUGGAGACUUCUCUUCAUCGAGAAGUUCAUAGAACUGCUUCAGAAAUACAAGCUGUCUACUGUAGUCCUGAGACUUUAUCUCAAGGACAGUAUAACUUUAUUAACGAGACAGCGGGAGCUAUUAUUAGCCCAUCAACGGACAGCAUGGAACGUUAACAAUGGAAAUGACAACGAAGAUUCUGAGGACCCAGCUAUUUGGCGUCAAUUUGAGAAUAAUAUGCAGAUGACACCUGAUCAGAUGCGUAUCAUACAAUUCGGUCUCAGGAGUCCUCCAGUUGUGGGUGUAGGUGGGUUGAGACCCCUUGCAGAGGCCAAUAACAAUAACAUAGAUGAACGGGCUGAAACUCCUGAUGAUGAAACUAUCUUGGAGGACGCUUAG